GACGGCACUGAAUCUGUACCACAAGAACCUACCGAAUAUUGAGACCCUCCAUCAAAUGAAGUUCCUGCACACAACUGUGUCUCGGAGAGGUCUGGAGUGUCUCGGAGAGGUCUGGAGGAAUUUUUUGAUGAUCCAGGAAACUGGGGGGAAAAAAGUGUAAAGUCUGGGGAUUCAUGGAAUAUAAAGCAGCUAAGGGGCAAGAGUAGUGAAGACUUGCACAAACUUUGGUAUGUCCUGCUGAAAGAAAAGAACAUGCUUUUAACUUUAGAGCAAGAGUCCAAACGGCAGCGCAAGCCUAUGCCAAGUCCAGAACGAUUAGAAAAGGUAGAAACGUCUAUGAAAAAUAUAGACCUGGUUGUCAGAGAAAGAGAAAUUGCUUUGAGGCUUUUACAAACAGGCCAUGAAAAGCCAGUCCCUGGCGAGUGGAGACACGACUUCUUGGGACGCACAUUCUGGUAUAGUUACAAGGAAUGGCCAAUACCAUGGCACUUGAACAAAAAACACAAAAAGAAGAGAUUUUAUUACUUACCUCAUGUGAAUCACUUCAUCAGACUCAGACUUGAAAAAGCCUUACGGAAAAGGGCAAGGCAGCAGAACAUGGAGAGGACGAGACGGAAGAUCUUGGAAAAGAAGUUCCCUGACAUUGCUGUGAAAUCCCAGAGCCAGUGACAUGCUGCAAGAGCAAGGAGUUGGUCAAGUGUCUGUGGAACAUGAAUCAUGUGCUGGAACCACAAACUCCACUGAGCAUUCCAGAGAGUCUCCAUCGUUUUUUGUUUUUAAUACCACAUUUGACUUUAAUUAAAACUUGUGAUCUGAAAUUAAAAAACA